AGUAGAAAAUUUGCCCUUUUACGAAGAAUAACAAUUUGUGUCUUGGGGUUCUUUUGUUCAUUUGAAUUCGUUCAUACUGCUUCUUCCUCACGAUGCCAUGGAAGUCCCCGGGAAAAAGCUUCAUCUAAAGACAUCUGCCGUUGACACAAGCUACUGUCAGCCCUGCUCCCAGGAUGGGGACACCUUUCCUGCUGAGGCGUACUGUACUGUUUGUAAAGAGUUCCUCUGUUCAAACUGCGCAAGUGUACACAAGAAACUGAAAAUGACUAGGUCACAUGCUCUCCUUGACAAAUCCAACAUGCCUACUUCAAUGAGUGGCCAAGACGAUGACGAUGAAUACAUAGAACCUUGUGAGAUCCAUCCAAAAGAGUUCAUCAAAUACUUCUGCCCCUCCCACCAGACCCUGAAUUGCGGACACUGUGUAGUGCAGAACCAUCGAUCAUGCCAUGUUGAUGUCAUCUCAAAUAUAUCCCUAGCCUUCAAGGAUGGUCCAGAGUAUGGCGACAUCGAUAAAGCAAUCGCUAAGUUAUUUAAAGACAUUGAUAAGUGUGCAUCUGACGUUGAGAAGAACAAGACGGUAAUAGCAGAGAUUGGUGAUAGUGAGGUUUCUAAACUAAGAAGAUGUCGAGAUGAGGUGAAUAAAUACUUCGACGAAAGAGAAAAUGCACUCCUUAAACUCAUUGAACAGAUGAAAAAUAUCGAUGAAGCAUUGCUGGACAACCUGAGGCCAAAAUGUGAUAACCUGAAGGCUGAGGUAGAAGAAAUAAAGAAUAACCUUAAAACGCAAGAAAACAACACAAUCCAGUUGUUUAUAGGGGCGAAACGGGCCAAACAACUUCUAGAAAUAACACAGACCACUCUUGCUGAAAUCAACAAGCAGAAUACUAUUCAUCAAUACAGAUUCAAUAUCGAUUCGGCCACAGAGAGGCUGAUGGAAUCCACUACCGGCCUUGGCGUUGUGAAAGAAGAAGUCAUUGAUACGCAAAAUGCAUUAGGUAUACAUGUUAAAUAUUUUACCAAUGAAAAUUAUGUUUUAUAAGAUUAUUCCUUACCGAAUGGCCCAAUACGUGAACAACAUCUGGUCAUUAAGCAGUGUUUUCUUGAAACUUCCAUUAUCAAACAUCUUAAGUACCUGUUUUAAAACGUAUACACCGAAAGAGGGACCAUUUAUGACUUACACUAUAUAUGUGUUACCUUUCAAAAAAAAAAUUAUUCCAGUGUAAUUUUAUUUCACGAGAGUCAUAGGACACCAGUGUGUUGCCAAUAUUGAGGUGCUAUAUUGAGAAAAGUUUUUUUAAGUAACUUUAGCUAAUAGUGUCUAACCACUCUGGAAAAGUCGAGAUACUGGACAUGAAUGGGGACGUUAUCAGAAAGAUCGAAAAGAAUCGCUGGGGUAUGCAAAUGUUUAAACGUCCCUACCACCUUAUUGUGGUCAGGGAAAGUCGGACUGCCUUCGUCUAUGUAUCGGACUGUGGAAAGGACACCAUCACAAAGCUUGACAUGAACCUAAACGUCCUCCAGACGUUCAGGGAUCCUGCAUUGAAAGGUCCAAGGGGCAUAUCGAUGUUUGCGAACCAGCUGAUUAUCUGUUGUGACAAAAGUAUCAACAUUAUGUGCAUAAACCUAUCCAGUGGCAAUUUGAGCCAGUUGCUUGUGGAAGAUCACGGGAUACAAUCAACAAGACAUUGCGUCUACAUUCCACCCCAAAACAAGCUCUUUAUUACCUCUUAUCGUAUCGGAUAUGCUGAUUUGAACAAUUCAGUAAAAGUGUAUAAUGCAUUUAAAUAAAAGCGGCAAUUUGGACUAAUCAUUGUUUAAAACCUGUACAAAUAGAAGUGAAAAUAUAUCAACGAAGGGAAGAAGUACGUGUUUUUCUUCAACCAUACCUUUCGUGAUAUUUUGCUAUUUUCCAUUGUUACCUAUUAUCUUAGAAUGUCGUCUUGAAGCAAUUUCACAAGGUCGCCAGAGUAUGUUUUUGGUUGUCGAUCAACUUUCAGCAGAUGCCAGUACCAGAAUUUAAAUAUAACUGAUUUUUUUACCUAUACUGUUUCUCUGUAAAAUUGUACACAUAUGCAUUCACAUGAAACGGAAUGGAAAAUUAGUUUUGAUUGUUACUCUUUCUUUCCUUUCUUCAUUUAAGGUAUACUUUGUUGAAUGCUUCGAAGAAACGACAUUACCAUACUAACGGUAUUUCUAGAUGUCAUACAUAACAAUCCAUUCGUCUGGUGUCUACGAUUAUGCCUUAACAGGCGGAUAUUGGCAUUGUAUUUAGCAUAUGUUGAAUGAAAGGUUUGCUUACUAUACAGCUAAUCUGUACAAACGCCUACAAAAUGGUGUCCUCCUAUAUAUUUUCUGUGAAGAUUGAAUUGAUUUCCAUUAACACGUAAAAACGCUAUAGCUGAGAUACGAAAAAUUUCUGUAAAACCUUUAUUGCUCUAUUUCAAAAUAGCUUGUAUUUCUUGAAAUAUUCAUUAAUAAUUGCAAAUAAACGUUUGCGAAGCAAAGUA